CAAAUCAAUGUCAAAAUCAGCUGUAAGGAGAAUGGCCUUACGUGGUUCAAAAUUAUUAGUUUACUGCAUUUGCAAUACUUUCGUCAUAAAUCAUGAAAACUCAAUUAUUUACAGUGAUAAAAAGUGAGGUUUCGAUGUGCGUUUGGUUUUCAUUUGAUUCACGUUGCAAUGUUAUUCAUAGGACGCUUAAGUCGGACAGAGACGAUUCAAAAUGAGAUGAAACGAAGUUUGUACAGUAAAAUGAUCUUAGACAGGUGUAAAACAGUACUUGUACUGUCCAGUGUCGUGUGUACGCUUGCUGUUUUCAUUUCUGUGCAGAAGUUGCUCAAUUAUGAGGUGAAGUUUGUUCGUCCCUUCUCGCCGUUGCCAGCUGGUCUCCAUGGAACGUACCUGGAGUCGCUUCGCGACGGGGACCGCCCGCCCCCGCGCCGCCGCGACCAGGCGGGGGACGCCGAGGCCGUGGGCUCGCUCCAGGCUGCCCUUGAGAUGAAAAAAAUGGGCAAAUCAGACAAAGCACUAAAGCUCUUCCAACAUGCCUUCGCACUUUCACCCAAACAUGCUGACAUAUUGAACCACUAUGGAGAGUUCUUAGAGGACACUAAGAAGGAUGUCGUCAAAGCUGAUCAGUUGUACACUCUCGCACUCACAAACUACCCAGAACACACGGGCGCUCUCAUGAACAGGCAGAGAACUGCAAGUAUUGUGGAGAAUUUAGACAGAGAAAUGUUACGUAAAAUAGAUGAAAAGCGAGAUGCAUUGCUUUCAAUACCUGAGAAUAACUCUGCUUUGCGCAGAGCUAAGAGGGAGGCAUACUUCCAACAUAUUUACCACACUGUGGGCAUUGAGGGGAACACCAUGUCUUUGUCACAGACUAGAAGUAUAUUAGAAACAAGAAUAGCUGUUUCAGGCAAGAGUAUAGAUGAGCACAAUGAGAUUUUAGGUUUAGAUGCAGCUAUGAAAUACAUAAACUCAACAUUAUUGUACAGAAUGAGGGAAAUAUCCAUGGGAGAUAUAUUAGAGAUACACAAAAGGGUGCUCGGCCAUGUAGAUCCUGUGGAAGGGGGUAAUUUCAGGAGGACACAGGUGUAUGUGGGCGGCCACAUACCACCGGGACCCUCAGAGAUACCCUCUCUAAUGAUCCAGUUUCUUGAGUGGCUCAAUUCUGAGGAUGCCAUGGAUCUACACCCUGUGAGAUACGCAGCGCUAGCGCACUACAAGCUGGUUCACAUCCACCCGUUCGUGGACGGCAACGGGCGCACGUCGCGGCUGCUCAUGAACCUGGUGCUGAUGCAGGCCGGCUACCCCCCCGUCAUCGUGCCCAAGCAGCACCGCCACCUGUACUACCAGCAUCUGCAGACAGCUAAUGAGGGCGAUGUAAGGCCGUUUGUUAGAUUCAUAGCACAAUGUACGGAACGUACACUGAACCUGUACCUCUGGGCGACCAGUGAGUACUCCCACAUGGUGCCAGCCAUCGGCGAGCCCUCUCUACUGACUGGUGAAGACUUGGAGGAGGACCAGCUAUGACAAAGCAGUGUGUAGGAUAUUCUAUUCUAACAGGGGGCGAAGUUCCUAUACGUGGCUCUCUCGAGUGGAACCUUUGUACAGUGCGUAGGAUAAUUUGUAAAUAGUGAUAUUGGACAUAGCUCUUCCUUGCACUAAACUUGCCGGUUGAUAAGGUGUGAGGAGGCGGUGUGACUUUUCGUUACAUUAAUUUACGUAGACUGUGUGUCUAAUCUAAUGGUAUCUAUAAUUUAUUUAUUUUUACGUACGGAGCUUGGAGAUAA